AUGCGGGCGCUGAGGCGGCUGCAUGAGGCGGCCGUGGGGCUGCUGCUGUGGCGGGGGACGGUGGCGUCCCCCCCUCCCCGUCCCGCCGCCUCGGAGGUGCUGAGCCAGCACCUGCGGCAGCGCGGCCUGCCCCACUGGACCUCGUACUGCGUCAAGUACAGCGCCGUGCGCAACGACCAGUUCGGCCUCUCCCACUUCAACUGGCGGGUGAACGGCGCCAACUACCACAUCCUGCGCACCGGCUGCUUCCCCUUCAUCAAGUACCACUGCUCCCGCGCCGCCCCGCAGGACCUGGCGCUACAGAACGCCGCCUUCACCGCCCUCAAGGUCCUCAAUGCCGGCAUCCCAACUUUACUAUAUGGAAUUGGCUCCUGGUUCUUUGUCAGUGUCACAGAGACUGUUCAUACGAGUCAUGGCCCAGUUACUAUUUAUUUUCUAAAUAAAGAAGAUGAAGGUGCAAUGUACUGAAAUCAUGCCCUCAAGUACCUGUCAUUUGGUGGGUUUCUGGGUACAGCUGCUACCAAUAUCUACUGCCUUUGACUAAAAAGAACUGAA